CGCAUUGUUUUCCCUGCCUAUUGGCUGUAGUUAGUUGCCCUUUGAGAUUUGCUGUCAUUACUGCUGGUGGUGCAGUUGCGAUGGCGCCUUCUACCUUGCGUUUCGAUGGCCGGGUGGUACUGGUGACUGGGGCAGGGGGAGGUCUUGGAAAAGCCUAUGCAUUAUCAUUUGCUGAGAGGGGAGCUUUAGUGGUUGUAAAUGAUCUGGGAGGUGACUUCAAGGGAGAUGGCAAAAGUUCAUCAGCCGCUGACAAGGUUGUUGAAGAAAUAAGAGCAAAAGGUGGAAAAGCUGUGGCUAACUAUGAUUCAGUGGAGGAUGGAGAGAAACUUGUCCAGACAGCACUAGAUGCUUUUGGCAGAAUAGAUAUUGUCAUAAAUAAUGCUGGAAUUUUGAGAGAUCGCUCUUUUGCAAGAAUAAGUGAUGUUGAUUGGGAUAUUAUUCAUAGAGUUCAUUUGAGGGGAUCGUUCAAGGUCACAAGAGCAGCAUGGAAUCAUAUGAAGAAUCAGAAAUUUGGCAGGAUCAUAAUGACCUCAUCAGCUGCAGGAAUUUAUGGCAAUUUUGGACAAGCAAACUACAGUGCUGCUAAACUUGGCCUUGUGGGGCUCUCAAACACGCUUGCACUAGAAGGAGUGAAGUAUAAUGUCCUGUGUAAUGCCAUUGCCCCCACCGCUGGCUCCCGGCUCACUCAGACUGUAAUGCCUCAAGAGCUUGUGGAUGCUCUGAAACCGGAAUUUGUGGCCCCUCUUGUGUUGUGGCUUUGCCAUGAAAGUUGCCAAGAGAAUGGUAGUUUGUUUGAGGUGGGAGCAGGUUGGAUUGGAAAAUUGCGUUGGGAAAGAACUCUAGGUGCCAUUGUCAGACAGAAGAAUCGUCCAAUGACUCCAGAAGCUGUGCGUGAUGAGUGGAGAAAGAUCUGCGACUUUGAUAAUGCCACAAAGCCACGGACUAUCCAAGAGUCUACUGGCUCGCUCUAUGAAGUGCUUUCUGCUGUUGAUUCUGAGAAAGGGAUUUCUAUGAAUCCGACAAGCCAGGGGACUUCCAGCAUUGACCCUAACCAAGCCAUUGGAAAGAAACUGCCUGACUCUGUGUACAGCUACAGCUCUUUACAACCUAUUUUGUAUGCCCUUGGUGUGGGAAUGUCUACCAAAGACCCAGAUCAUCUGAAAUUCCUUUUUGAAGGCAGUGACAAUUUUUCCUGCUUGCCGACCUUUGGGGUCAUACUUGCGCAGUCUGCCUUUAUGAGUGGAGGACUUGCAUCAGUUCCUGGACUUAAUAUUGACUUUACAAGAGUACUGCAUGGGGAACAAUAUCUGGAAGUGUACAAGCCUAUCCCAACGUCAGGAGAAAUGACUUCAGUGAGUACUGUAGUUGAUGUUCUUGAUAAAGGCUCUGGAGCAAUCAUUUUAUUGGAUGUACACACAUACAGUGGGAAGGAACUUAUAUGCUACAACCAGUUUUCUGUGUUUGUUGUCGGUGCUGGAAAGUUUGGUGGUAAAAGGUCUUCGACCAAGGCUAAGGUAACCGCAAAUCCACCAAAUCGUCCACCAGAUGUAGUAGUGGAAGAUUCGACCAACGUGGACCAGGCUGCCCUGUAUCGCCUUAGUGGAGACUGGAAUCCAUUGCAUAUUGACCCCAACUUUGCUGCCCUUGGAGGCUUCGAUAGACCCAUUUUGCAUGGACUGUGCAGUUUUGGAUUUUCCGCUCGGCAUGCUCUGAAGCACUUUGCAAAUAAUGAUGUAACCAAGUUCAAGGCAAUAAAGGUACGUUUUGCAAAACCUGUCCUACCAGGGCAAACAUUGCAAACUGAAAUGUGGAAAGAAGGCAACAGAAUACAUCUUCAAACCAAGGUCAAAGAGACUGGGGAAAUUUCCAUUGCUGGUGCUUAUGUAGACCUUACAUCAUCACUUAGUUCCCCGGAGUCCAAAAAGGCAGUUCAGGGUGUUGGACUUCAGAGUGAACUUGUAUUUCAAGAGAUAAGCCGACGUGUCAAGGAUGUAGGCGAUCAGUUAGUGAAAAAAGUGAAUGCAAUCUUUCAGUGGGAUAUCACCAACGAUGGGAACACCGUUGCCCAAUGGACCAUUGACUUAAAGAAUGGAUCAGGAGAUGUUUAUCGUGGACAAGCACGUGGACGGGCAGACACUUAUUUUGUCCUUUCAGACCAAGAUUUCAUGGAACUUGUUCUAGGGAAUCUUAAUCCACAAAAGGCGUUUUUCAGUGGCAAGCUCAAAGUUAAAGGCAAUAUCAUGCUGAGCCAAAAACUGGAGACCAUACUGAAAGAAUAUGCUAAGCUCUAAACCUAGAACUCAGACGCCUCCUGAAGAAGUGACGCAGAGACCGUCCUAACAAAUUUGCGCCUUCGUGGAAUCUAGAAUCACUUGAUAAUAAAUCCAAACAUGAUUUAUUAGGACAUAUUCUUUAGACCAUUUACUGCAGGGGGUGUACUCUAUGAUUAAUUUUUAAUUAAAUCACAUCUCUGGUACUCGAAGCGUUAACUUGUCAUUACAUAACAGUCCAAUUGAUAUUUUUAGAAUUCAUUGUUUGACUAAAGGAAUAUACUAAACUGCACUUUGGCAUGCAAAUCGUUCUGAUCUAAUUACUGUAAAAUGACUCUCUCUUUUUUUUUUUUUUUUUU